AUGGCCUCGGUCUACCGACAGGCUGCCAAGAGCGCCGGCGUCGCCAACAAGGGAAAGAGAAAGGCCGACGAUGGUGCUGCGGCCGCCGACGGCGAGGGUGCGCCGGGCAUCCGGCGCAACAAGCAGCGCGUGCUGAUGCUGCCCUCGCGGGGCGUCACGUCGCGGAUGCGCCACCUGAUCAACGACCUCGAGACGCUCAUGCCCCACUCGAAGAAGGACUCGAAGCUCGACAGCAAGUCGCAGCUCCACCUGCUCAACGAGCUCGCCGAGCUGCACAACUGCAACAACACCCUCUACUUUGAGGCGCGCAAGGCAGAGGACCUCUACAUGUGGGCCUCCAAGACGCCCAACGGGCCCUCGGCCAAGUUCCACGUGCACAACAUUCACACCAUGGACGAGCUCAAGAUGACGGGCAACUGCCUCAAGGGAUCGCGGCCGCUCCUCUCUUUCGACAAGGCGUUCGACGAGUCGCCCCACUGGACCCUCAUCAAGGAAAUGUUCACCCACAUGUUUGGCGUGCCCCGUGGCGCGCGGCGCUCCAAGCCCUUUGUCGACCACGUCCUCUCGUUUUCCAUCGUCGACAACAAGGUGUGGUUCCGCAACUACCAGAUCAUCGAAAACGACCCGGGCGCGACGGCCCUGAUUGCAGCGGCCGAGGGCGCAGAGGGCAAAAAGUCGAGGCCAAAGCAGGAGGCCAAGCAGCCCACGCUCGUCGAAAUCGGGCCCAGGAUGGUCCUGAGCCCCAUCCGCGUCUUUGAGGGCAGCUUUGGCGGCGCGACCGUGUUUGAGAACCCAGAGUACAUCUCGCCAAACACAAUCCGCCACCAGCUGCGCAAGGAAAAGGGCGAGAAGUUUGCCACGCGCGUCAACCAGAACGAGGCGCUCAAGACCAAGCGCGCCAAGCUCAAGAGCGACGCAAAGGAAGACGUCCUCUCGAGAAAGAGCGUCUUUGCCUGA